AUGCUGUCCCCCAAAACCUUGCUAGCCAUCGCUGUGGCUAUCCAGAUUGCCAGCGUCAGGUCUGAGCAUCAUCAUCAUCCUCAUCAGAAGAAGCACCAGGGUAACCCAGAUCAUGUCGGAACUAGCAAAAGUGGUUCGCUACCAGAUGUUCUUCGCGAUUCACGCCAGAACUUUUUGAGUUGCAGCUCUGCUGAUGGUAAAAAUCGUUUGGAAGUCGCCUAUGAUCUCAUUGCAUCUCCUUCAAACAAGUACGUCAGUGUCAAGAAUGGUGCCGAUGUACGCUUUAGCCUUGCUAGACUAUUCGGAGAAAAAUCCGACGCUAAAGUCCGUGAACACCUCGAUAACAACAUCAUCAAUGAUAUUACAUGUAAUGGCCAGGUCAAAAAAGAGGUUAACAUUCGUGGGCAGUUUCAAUGCUAA